UCCUCCUGCGUGGGAGAUGCCCAAGGCCUGGCUCCGGGCUGGGGGAGAGCAGAAGAGGGGCCGGAAGAGCUGCCUGCCUGGGACAGCUGCAGGGGCAGAGCAGGCUGGUUUUCACUGGGGAGCUGGAGCUGGGACCUGCCACCAACCUCCUCUGCCUCCCGGCUGGCUCUUUCCAGAAGGAACCAGUAAGAUCCUGAAUUAGUAUGCUCCCACCCUGCCUCUCCCCGUGGUGGCUGCCACUGGAGACUCUGCUAGAAAGAAGAGUGUGAGGCGUUCCCAGACAUCAUCGGGAUGAGGCCCUCGGUCUUGUUCGCUGCUGUCCUCUGGCUCCAGGGAUUUUUGGCCGAGGAAGACGCAUGUCCCUCCCUGGAAGGGCAUCCAGAUGGGGAGGGUGGAGGUCCCCCCCUGAGUGUGAACAUCAGCAGCCUGGGAAGGCCUACCAGCCUCCUUCUGAGCUGGGCAGUGGCACGGUCGGGUGGGCUUGGCCAUGCCCUCCGCCUCACGCGUCUGAGCCCACUUGGCUUCCCCGAAGGGCAGCAGCUCCUGGCCCGUACCAAUGAUUCCAGCUUUGAGUUCCAGGACCUGGUGCCAGGGAGUCACUACCAGCUACAAGUGACCGCCUUGCGAUCCUGUGGGCAGAAUGUCACCAUUACCCUCAUGGCCCAAACUGCCCCAUCCGUUGUCCGUGGACUGCAGCUCCGCAGCUCUGGGAGCCCAGGCAGCCUGGAGGCCUCCUGGGGUAAUGGCCCUGGGGAACAGGAUGGCUACCAACUGCUCCUCUACCACCAAGAAUCCCAAACACUGGUCUAUAACGUCUCUGUGUCCCCUGAUAUCCUGUCCUAUAAUUUUGGCAACCUCUUGCCAGGUAGCAAGUAUGUUUUAGAGGUUAUCACCUGGGCUGGUGAUCUCCAGGCCGAGACCAGCGUCCACCAGUGGACAGACCCUGUGGCUCCGGAUCACGUGGUGCUACAUGCCCUGGGCACCAGUGUCCUGCAAGCCUCCUGGAACAGCUCUGAGGGGACCGCCUGGCUCCAUCUGGUGCUCACAGACCUCCUAGGUGGCUCUAACCUGACUGCAAUCGUCAAACGAGGAGGGUUAAACCAUACCUUCCUCCACCUGUCUCCAGGGACCCGCUAUGAGCUGACACUUAGUGCUGCCUCCGGGCCCCAUCGGGCCAUGGGGCCCAGUGUUACAGAGUGGACCUAUCCCUCUGCCCCACUGGACCUGGUGCUGACUCCUGCGCCCCCUGGGCUCUGGGCAAGCUGGAAGCCAGGGCCAGGAGCCCGAGAAGGCUAUGUGCUGAAGUUAAGUGGGCCAGUAGAGAAGCGUGCCACUCUGGGCCCGGAGGCCUGCAAUGCCACAUUGCCAGGGCCCCUGCCCACUGGACACUAUGGCCUGGAGCUGGAGGUUCUGGCUGGGCCCUAUGAUGCCUGUGCCCAGGCCAGUGCCUGGCUGGAUGAUUCUGCAGCCCACACGAGGCAGGGCUGUGGUGCCAAGCUGCAGGUGGAUGGUCUGGAGGCCACCAGGGAGCCCAGGAGGCGGGCACUGCUCUAUGCUGAUGGUGAUUCAGGCCUCCUGGGAAACAUCUCCGUGCCCUGUGGUACCAACCACAUUGCCUUCUGCGGGCUGGUGCCUGGGGCCCGCUACCGGGUGGACAUUGCUUCAUCUCUGGGCGUUAUCAUCCAGAGCCUCACAGGCCACACAAGUCCCCUGGCACCACAGUCACUGGAGGUCACUGGUGGAGCCAGCCUGUCUGACCUGACCAUUGGCUGGGCCCCAGCACCAGGGCGACGGGAAGGCUACAUGGUCACCUGGCACCAGGAAGGCAGCCGGAGGGCCCUGGGUGGCCGGGCUGACUUGGGCCCAGACGACUGCAGUGUGGUUCUGCGGGGUCUGAUGCCUGGCUCCUGCUACACUGUGUCGGUGCAGGCCUGGGCAGGGAACCUCCACUCCAGCCCCCGGAGGACCCACGCCUGCACCCCACCUGCUCCACCCGCCAACUUGAGCCUGGGCUUUGUUGAACAGCCCCCCAUGCUGAGGGCUUCCUGGAGUCUCCCACCGGGCGGCAGAGAUGGUUUCCUGCUGAGGCUUUAUAGCCUGAAGCCCCUGGUUCUGGACAGUGAGGAGAUCCUGGGCCCAGAGACCCAGAACUUCUCCUGGGCCCAGCUACCCAGCGGCUCUGAGUUCCAGGUGUGGCUGGCUACCCUGCAGGGACUGGAGGAGAGCGGCAGUGUCAAUGCCACGGGCUGGACACCCCCCCUCGCCCCUCCUCAGGUGAAUGUGACCAGUGAAGGCCCCACCCAGCUCCGGGCAUCCUGGAUCCACGCUCCUGGGGGCCGGGAUGGCUACCAGGUGACGCUGUACCAGGCAGGUGUCUGGGUGGCCGAGGGCACCGUGGGAGCAGAGGUGAACGGCACAAGCUUCUCCACACUGGCUCCAGGCUCUCAGUAUGAGGUGGAGGUUGGCACGUGGGCCGGGCCCCUUCACACUGCAGCAGCCAAUGUUUCUGGCUGGACCUCCCCCCACGUGCCCCACGAGGUGCUGGUGUCCAUGCAGGCGGGCAGCGCUGUGGUCAGCCUGGCCUGGGCCAGUGGUCCCCUCGGGCAGGGUGUGUGCCAUGCCCGGCUCUCAGAGUCCGGGCACCUGUCCAGGGAGCAGCCCCUGGUGCUGGGCCAGGACCGCCUUGUGCUGAGGGGCCUCCUGCCGGGCCGCAGCUUCUCCCUGUUGGUGCUGUGCCGGGCGGGGCCGCUCCAGGCCUCCACCCACUCCGUGGUGCUGCCUGUCGAGCCUGACCCAGUGGAGGAUGUGCAGUGCCAACCUGAUGCCACCCACCUGGCCCUGAACUGGACGAAGCCUGCAGGGGACGUGGGUGCCUGUCUGGUGGUGGCGGAGCAGCUGGCUGCAGGAGGGAGCACUCACCUCGUGUUCCAGGCCAACACCUCCAAGGAUGCUAUUGUGUUGCCCGGCCUGGCGCCUACCACCUCCUACCGCCUCAGUCUCACUGUGCUGGGCAGGAAUGGGCUGUGGAGCCGGGCGGUCACACUGGUGUGCACUACUUCUGCAGAGGCUUGGCAGCCCCCAGAGUUAGCUGCAGCCCCCCAGCUGGAGGAGACUGGGAUGGGCAUGGGGGUGGUGAUCACACGGGGCAUGUUUGGCAAGGACGAUGGGCAGAUCCAGUGGUACGGUGUCAUUGCCACCAGCAGCAUGGCUUUGGCUCAGCCUGCCCGGGAAGCCAUCAACCACACGUGGUACGACCACUACUACAGAGGACACGACUCCUACCUGGCCGUCCUGCUGCCCAACCCAUUCUACCCGGGGCCCUGGAUGGUGCCAAGGUCCUGGACAGUGCCCGUGGGUACAGAAGACUGUGGGCACACGCAGGAGAUAUGUAAUGGGCAGCUCAAGCCAGGCUCCCAGUAUAGGUUCAGUGUCGCCACCUUUACCAGGUCCAGCUCCCCUGAGACCAUCAUCUCCUUCUCAGCCUUCUCAGAGCCCAGGGCCAGCAUCCCCCAGGAAGCAGUGUCCCUGCCGGUCACAGUGGGCGUCAUGGCGGGCUGCGCACUCACCGUCUGUGCCGCGCUGGGCCUGCUGGGCUGGCGGCGGGCGAGGGGGCAGAGGGCGGAGAAGGACAGAGCAUCGCACGAGCCUGCGCCCAAUGGCCCGCGGUGGGCCCACCGGCCCAUCCCCAUGCACAGCUUCCGGCAGAGCUUCGAGGCCAAGAGCGCUCACGCGCACCAGGGUUUCUUUCAAGAGUUUGAGGAACUGAAGGAGGUGGGCAGGGAGCAGCCCAGGUCGGAGGCCGAACACCCUGCCAACAUCACCAAAAACCGUUACCCGCAUGUGCUGCCCUAUGACCACUCCAGGGUCAGGCUGGCCCAGCUGGCGGGAGAGCCCCACUCCGACUACAUCAAUGCCAACUUCAUCCCAGGCUACACCCACCCGAGAGAGUACAUUGCCACCCAGGGGCCUCUCAAGAAGACGCUGGAAGACUUUUGGCGGCUGGUGUGGGAGCAGCAGGUCCACACCAUCGUCAUGCUGACCGUGGGCAUGGAGAACGGGAGGGUGCUCUGUGAGCAUUACUGGCCAGCAGACUCCACCCCCAUCAUCCACGGCCACAUCACCAUCCACCUCCUGGCUGAGGAGCCCAGGGAGGAGUGGACCAAGAGGGAGUUCGAGCUGCAGCACGGUGCCCAGCACCAACAGCGGAGGGUGAAGCAGCUGCAGUUCACCACCUGGCCGGACCACAGCAUCCCCGAGGCCCCUGGUUCCCUGCUCGCCUUUGUGGAGCUGGUUCAGGAUCAGGCGAGGGCCACCCAGGGCGUGGGGCCCCUCCUGGUGCACUGCAGCGCGGGCGUGGGCCGCACCGGCACCUUUGUGGCCCUUUUGAGGCUGCUGCAGCAGCUGGAGGAGGAGCAGGUGGUGGAUGUGUUCAACACAGUGCACACACUCCGGCUGCAUCGGCCCUUCAUGAUCCAGACCCCGAGCCAGUAUGUCUUCCUGCACAGCUGCGUCCUGAGCAGGAUUCUGCAAGAGCCCUCGGGCACCUUGGAGACUGGACCCAUCUCAGUGGCCAACUUUGCACAGGCGUGUGCCAAGAGGGCAGCCAAUGCCAAUGCUGGCUUCCUGAAGGAGUACAAGCUCCUGCUGCAAGCUAUCAAGAACGAGGCUGGAUGUUCAUCGCCCCCUUCUGGCUGUGAGCAGGACAGCACUGUCUCCUGGGCUCGCUCUCAGUCUCAGCCUUCUGCCAUGGAAGAGAGCUCUGCUGAUGCUGUCCCGGAAGCCUGGCUCUUCCCUGGUGGGCCUUUGGGCCGCGACCACGUGGUGUUGACCGGGCCUGCGGAGCCCAAAGAGCUCUGGGAGCUGGUGUGGGAGCACGGGGCCCACGUCCUGGUCUCCUUGAGCCCGCCUGACACCCAGGAGAAGCUACAGGCGUUCUGGCCAACAGAGACGCAGCCCGUCAUCACAGGCAUGGUGACCGUGCACUGGGUGGUGGACAGCAGCACUGCCAACUGGCCCUGUACUCUCUUCAGGGUCACACACGGAGAGAGCGGGACUGAGAGGCUGGUACAGCAGCUGCAGUUCCCCUGCCAGGAGCCUGGGCACGAGCUGCCUGCUACCGCCCUGCUGCCUUUCUUGAUUGCUGUGGGGCAGUGCUGCUUCCGGGGCAAGAACAAGAAGCCUGGUACACUUCUCAGCCACUGCAGCAAAGGUGCAGCCCAGCUGGGCACCUUCCUGGCCAUGGAGCAGCUGCUGCAGCAGGCGGGGGCUGAGCGCACUGUGGAUGUCUUUAACGCAGUCCUGCAGCAGUCACAGGCCUGCGCCUUCAUGACCCCCACUCUGGAGCAGUAUAUCUACCUCUACAACUGUCUGAACAGCGCACUGGUGGAUGGGCUGCCCUGAGUCCAGAAGCAGCCUGUGCCUCGCCAGGCCCCUGGCCUGGCUUCCAGUGGGGCAGCCCCUACGGGGCACCAUGGUGUGAACGGAAGGGUGGGGAAUAAAGACACAUGGCUGAG